AGUGUCAGCUUUUCAUUCCUGAUCACUCCGCGGCCAUGGAGGCCGGAGCCAGCCGCUUCAGCGAGCGCUACAAGGCCACGGCGGGCUUGAGUGUGGAGGCGCUGCGGGUGAAACAGGCCCGGAGCCGCUCCCGCUCGCAGAAGGAGAACCGGGACCGGCAGCUGAGGAAGAGCCGCCGCCUCGAGGCGCCGCCCCUGAGCCUGGGACCCGCCGCCGGCGGCGAGCAGCACGGAGAGGCCGCGGAUCCCGGGCACCCCAAGUCUUUGAGGACAGCAGCACCACCACAGCUAGGACGUUUGGAGAUGUUGCAGCGUUAUAAGGAGGAAAAGCUACUGCGGAAACUGAAGGCAGAGCGUGAGAAGCCCAAGCAAAUCUUCAAAGUUGGGAUUUACAGGCCGGAUGUGGUUCCCUUUCAGCCACAAAAUACAGUGAAGCCAAAAGCUAAGGGUUUAGUGCCUUCAUCUUAUGAUUUGAGAGUGACAAGAUCAAUGUCUAAGAAACAAGAGCUGCUUGUGACAAAGGCACCCAGUGCACCCAGAUUCACAGCUGCUGCAAAGGCGGGCCCUGUCAAAGGUAACAUGACGACAUCUAAUAGAGGAGGUUCUACGGUGGCCACUGGAACAAGGAGUCAGCAGCAAACCAUUCAAACUGCGGGACCGAAAGUGCCAGCUGCAAGGGAGAAAAGGGAUGUCCAAGCUUCAUCCGUCAAACCAUCACAGGCAAGGAGUCAGGCUGAACCAAAAACUGCACCAAAAGCUCUUAAACCUGUCCAUGUCACUAAGCCUCAAACAACUAACAAAGCAAAGAAACCAGGAAAAUCAGGGGAGAAAUCUAACUGCAAACUGGUUGCUCUUGAUGAACCAGAACCUGCUCCUUGUGAAGAGCAAGAAAUGGAAGCCAUUGGCAAAAAAGAUCAACCACCAAGUUGUGAGGAGCCAACUCCUCCAACUGAGAGUGACGAUGGGCAUCAAAUGCCACCAGUACUGGGUGCUGGGCGUGUGGGCAAGAGAGUCUCCUUUGCACCUGAAAACUAUGUCUUUGCACCUGUGGCCGGAUUGCCCCAAUUCAAAUUUCCCCCACUCAGCCCCCGAAGUGUAAAUCAUUUCUUCGCACCUUGUUCUUGGAGUCCUGUUGAACACACAUCGAAAGGUAAUGUUGUUUCUUCUACUACAAUGAAUUCGCGAACCAGAACUAGGAGAAGUAAGUUUGCACCAGAAAUUGAACCUGAGAGUCUCCCUGAAGCAAAAAGUGAAGACACUGUUAGUACUGUGAUUGAAGAAGUACCAGUGUCUAACAAACCCCAAGAUUCUUUAGCAAGCUCUACAGCUGAUAUCAAUGGACCAGUGCACGAUGUUGCUUAUUUCAGAGGAAUUGUCAUGUCAGAGACUGAGAGUUUGUCUGGGCUUUGCCAGCAGUGGGAAGGGUGGGCUAAUACUGCAGAGAUUCCAGAUGGCGUUAAGGACUUAGUUCGCACAACUGUGGGGCAAGCACGCCUUCUGGUGGCUGAGCGAUUCAAACAGUUUAAUGGUCUUGUCGACAACUGUGAGUUCAAGACGAGUGAAAAGGAAGUAACCUGCACAGAUCUGGAAGGAUUCUGGGACAUGGUCUACUUCCAGGUUGAAGAUGUAAACAAAAAAUUUGAGCAUUUGAAGAAGCUUCAAGAGAAUAACUGGGAGGAGCAGAAUGAGUUGCUAUCAUUACCCAAAAAAGUGGUUAAGAAAAAGGUUGCCAUCCCAAAAUCCACAGAGGGCCUUGUUAUUAAAGCCAGCAAAACUCCAGUUGCACCGAAGAGCAGUCUUGCUGCUUUGAAGGCAUCUAUGAAAGCCAAGCUGAAACAAGAAAUGGCAGGCUCCAGUAGUAAAGAAACUCAAAAGGAUGUUAUUGUGUUUGACGCAGGGUUCUUCAGAGUGGAGAGUCCUGCAAAAUGCUUUACUGCAUCUCCCAACACUUCUAUGAUCCAUCUGGCAUCAGGACAGCAACCGAAAGAACAGUACCUCCCUACGAAAGGUGUGUGCAACACUGCCCCUACCUCUCCCAUGCCCUGUAUAGGUAAUGGGCCAAAUCAACAGACUUCAGAAAGAAAGGCUUCAGAAAUCUUGCCAGAGACUGAAUCACCUCUAACAAUGAAAAGCUCUAACAAUUCCAAGGCUGGACAGAGCACUGCACAAGAGGCUGUCUGUUCUGGAAUGAGCCCUGAAGAGGUGAAUGCUUCACCUGACUUUGCAAAGUAUCUCCAGCCCAGGAGCUGUGACUUGCCAGAGACACCACAGUCUCCAUUUCAUGAUAAUGGGUAUGAUGCCAAAUCCAUGUGCACCAAAAGAAAUUCUACACGUGAUGUUAGGAAAUCGGAACUGUCGUCAUCUCCAUUGGAAUUUGAAGAUGUGGAAAUGAAGAGUCCAGUGAGUGAGCAACCUUCACCAACUGGUGCUCGUCCAACUCCACAAGAGGAAAUGCUUCAACAAACUAAUAGUUCAGGUCGGGCUCUUAGUUCCAUUUCAGCCACACAAGGAACUCCUUCCUUCAGUUCAGUUAAUAAUCUGUUGAUUGCAGGAACUACUCUCCAUAGUGUGCAAUCUACAGGAAAUUGUAUGAGUCCCUUUGAAACAAUGGUUGGGGGAGAAGAUCGACGUGUGCUUCCACUUCAAAAGGCCCUUGAGGAUUUGAUAUCAUUCAGUCCCAGUGGAACACCUCAAUGAAGACUAGAAAACCAGAGACGAGAGAUCCAUUGAAACUACUGGCCUAGCUUUCACUGUCUAGACCAUGAAGGACUUGUAGCAAGACACUUCAUAACUGAUGACAAUAUUAUGAAUUCUAGCUGAAUGGAGAUUUUCUCUUCAAUGAAGAAAAGCACUGAAUACCAAAGAUCAAAGCUAUAUUUGGUGCCUAAUUAUGCCAUUGACUAUGAGUUUUCAAAUUUAGUUCUCUUGGGGCCACAACUCAACAGAGUUCUGGCUGUUCGGGCCUAAUGCUUGUUAAAAAUUCAUGGAUUGUAUAUUGCCAUUGGGCAGUGAUAUGUCAACAAUCUGCAGUGACAUUUAUGCACUGACUCGGUUAGUUUUCCAUUCAAUGUUUUUGACGUAAGUAUAUCCCUUUAUGAUAGGUGUGGAUUCAUGAGUUAUUCUAGACUAAGUGUGAAGGAUAUAAAAGAAAAGGCAAUAUUGUGCACGAGCGGUGCGGCUGUAGGUUUGAUUCUCGUCCGUCCCUACCUUUCAGGCCCUCAAUUGUGAGCUCCAAGUUAUGUUGCCAAAUGGCAGGCCGUUAAUCCUUGCAGGAAGGGAGAAAAUAUCAAAGGAAAUGUGGGAGCCUUUAGUUCCCCCCUCCUCCCCCCCCCCAUCCCAUGUGCCAUCUCAUCCAGGGCAUCAGAAGGCAAGCAACCCACCCUUAAAUGCACUGAAUAAAUAACUCCAGACAAAUGGGGAAGAAAACUUAAUUGAUACCUCCAUGAAAAUAUAAAUAAAUUGGCAGAACUUGUGUCGCAUCUUGAGAGCUGGAGAAUUGGUGAAUUUAUUAACCUGGAAAACUGCCUUUUUUUAUUCAAGGUUAAUAUAUGGAUCAUUGCACAACGUGCAAACACUUGGCAGCUAAUAUUUCAAUUGGGUUUUUGAACAAACUCCAUUUCAGGAGCAGGCAAGUUCUGGAAAGGUGCAUUUCAGCAAGUGAGCUAUGCAGCAGACUUCACGAAGCAUUUUAACUCUUGAGGUGCCGUCUUCAGGUGUCCUCUUAAUGUCUGAUGUCUGUCAUUUGCUCCUCUUUACAAAUAUGACUGAGGCCUUUGUUGGUUGCAAACACCUAUUCUGCCAAGUGACCAUCCAUAAUGUAGUUGGUGUAAUUUUCUUUAACAACUUGAGUUGAACUCCCCUUUGCUAUUGUAAAAGUUAUUUCCCUUUAAAAUUGAAGCGUUUUAUCAAAGUAUAGAUUUGAGAGUCUUCCAGAAGUAACAAAUUUUGUUUUUUUAAAUCUGCCUGAUUGGUGCUAAAACGAUUGUAAUCAUAUAGGCUAUCACCCACUAUCAAGUUUAAAAAUCCUGUGCUUCUACAGGAGUCCCAUUCAGUCCCUUGACCAUAAAUAAAACUAGAACAAAAACAGAAU